AUGGAGUGUAAUUAUGCAAACUUUGCUAUAGUAUACAAAUAUGAAUUUUUUGUUUGCUACAUGUGAAAGUUGCCCUUAGUAUUUUCACAUUUACUGUGUCUCAUAUGUAUGAGUAGAAUAUUAUAGACACCGAAGUUCAUAGCUAACUAGUUCAUAUGCUGGUGCAUCUUUCAAGUUACCUUGACAUGAUAAACAUAGUAAAGCAAGUCAUAUAUUGUAACUCAGUUAUCUCUAUACUCAUCUCAUCGAAUGUGAUAUCACUUGUUGAGUUAAGCCAAAACAAUAAUAUUAUUAACAUAUGUGUGUGUAUUACCUUUUUGACUAAGCCAAUGCAAUUCAUCUUAUAGAGAAUUUUCUUUUUCUUGUCAAAUACGCAUUUGAUAAUUUAUUCAUGCACACUCUAUUUAACGUCUUUCUUUUAUUUUACUUUGAGUAGAUAAAAAAUAUGUAAAUACCAUUCUUAAUGAAUUAAAAGUUUACCGAUAUAAAAAAUUAAAUAAACUAUUCAAUAUCAACAAAACAACUAUGAUUUUGAUUCGAUUUUAAACCCCAAAUCACACAAACUCCAAUUUUAAACCCCCAAAUCACGCACUCUUCUUUGGCUAAGCCUAUUUCCUUUCCCGCCCUAACACUGAAGCUUAAAACCCUCGAUCCUUCAAAUUCGAACUUCUCAAAAAUGUCUCAGCCGAUCUCCGUCGACGUUCUCUCCGAUGACGAAGACGACGGUGGCAACGGCGGAUAUGGUUACUCCUUCAAUCAGAACGAUACCAUUGAUCUAUCGACGCCGCUGACAAUUCCAUCCAAGAAGAAGCAAAGAACCGAAAAGUCUACUAAUUGGAACCCCACAGUUCUGGUAAUCGAAGAUGAUGAUGAGACGCCGUUUAGGCCUUCAAAGUUCACUCCUUCCUUCGUGGCUGAUACUCCCAUGUCUGAUUUAUCCAAACCUGAAGUCUCCUUUGUUAGAUGCUCAUUGGGUUCCUCUUCAAUUUCGGACCCUAAGUCUUCCUGUCUUGAUUUGACUCCAUCUAUGGUUGCUGAAACCCCAGCAUCAGAGCUUUCAAAAUAUAGUGUUCCGAUAGUCAGAUGCACCAAAGCUAAUGCUGAUUCAAAGAAUUGCUCUUCUUCAAUUAUAGACCACAACAAAGAUGGCGGAAUUGAUGGAGUAAUUUGUUUGGAGUCUGAUAAUGAAUCCGAGAAUAGUGGUUAUCAUGGUGCCUGGAAGGAGGAGAAGAAACUUUGUUCCACGGAGGCAGUUGUUAAGGAGACAGAAUGGAGCUCCAGACCUGUCGGGUCCACCUUUUCUCUUGGUAUUGACAAUUUUAUGCAAAUGCCAGAGGAUGUUUCUCAUCGAAAUUUGACUGAAGCCGGUCCUUCUGUGGACCAUGAUCAUCCUGACAAAGAGAAUGAUUCCUUGGAGCCAAACGAGGAGGCCUCAAAACCAAAAGGCAAAGGUAAAGGCAAUAGAAGUAACAAAAGCAGCGGGGAUGUAGCAACGGGGAAAAUGAGGAUGUCAAAGGAAGAACAGCUUCGCCUAAAGGAAGAAAAGAGAUAUCAGAAAGAGCAAGAGAAAUUGCAAAAGGCAGCCGAAAAGGCUGAAGCUGCUGAGCAGAAAAAGCUAGAAAAGGAAAUGCAGAAGUGGGAAAAGGGAAAGUUUGCACAUAAGUCUAUUGUAGCUCAAAUUGACACCAAAGUUGUGGAACUAGGUUCAAUUGGAGGCCAUUUGCUAACAAGGUUUGCGGAGAAAGGUCUUUCCUACCAAAUUAAAUCAAAUCCAAUUGAAAAGUCUAUUGUGUGGUCAAUGAGUGUCCCAGAGGAACUAUCUAAGAUCUCAUCUGAAGUUAUCGAUGUUCCAUAUGUAUUAUUCAUAUUUGAGGCCGAAGAGUUUUGCAACCUUGUGAAUAGCAAAUCAUUGAUGAGUCAUGUCUCCCGUGUCCAACGCCUUUAUCCUCUUCAUACAGUUUGUUAUCUCACAAACAAGCUUUUGGCAUAUAUCAACAAAAGGGAACAAGGACAAUACAAGGACCCUGCCAAUCAUACUGGUUGGAAACGACCACUUAUAGAGGAGGUUCUGUCAAAAUUAACAAUUAACUUUGUUAAGGUGCAUUCUAGGCACUGUGUUGAUGAAGCUGAAUUAGCUGAACAUGUAGCUGGGCUGACUUGCAGCUUAGCUUCUUGUCAGUUUAGAAACAAGUUAACAAGACUAUCUGUUAAUGCAAAUGGUUCUCUUAUUCCCAAGGAUUGCGUGGACAAGAACCAGAUAAAAAAGAGCCCAUGGCUGAAAGCAUUGGUGGCUAUUCCAAAGGUUCAGCCACGAUUUGCUAUUGCCAUAUGGAAGAAAUAUCCCACAAUGAAAUCUCUUUUGCGUGUUUACAUGGAUCCAAGUAAAUCGGUGCAUGAGAAAGAAUUUCUGCUUAAAGAUUUGAAAGUGGAAGGGAUGGUGUCAGAUGAUAGAAGAUUGGGAGAGAUUUGUUCAAAGAGAGUCUACAGAAUAUUGAUGGCUCAAUCUGGAAGCAGCAAGACAGAUGACAUCGAGUGUGGAGCUGAUUUCUUCAGUCAAUGCUGAAUGAUGUAUAAUCUUUUGUGACAUCGGUGGUGUUUGCCUAAUUUGUGCACACAUCGACCAAUUCAACAGACAUCUUGACAUGUAUCCAAGAAGGUAAUCUUGUCUACCAAGACUGGAGCAGAUCGACUCACAUCAAUUUUUGUUGUUGGAGUUUGGACUUGGAAUCUUCAUGUUGUUAGUCCAUUUUACGAUUGACUUGAACUCAAUGAUCUAAUAAUAUAUUACUUAGAAUUGUAUCCAGUAGGUUAUUUGCAUCAAGAUUAAGAUGCACAUGUUAAGAGAAUGCUUGAUUUAAUUUGUUUCUUAAUAUUGAAUUUUUGCAUUCUCUUAA